AUGUAAUAAUAAUAAGCAUAAGUUGGACAAGGACCAUUAUGGUAAGCUGUGCCUUAAGAUUUUGUAUUUCCCAAACCAAAGUUUGAAGCCACAGUGACGAAAUUGGGAAAGAAAUAACACGAAAGACAUUUGGUGAUAACUGAUAAACAUAUAUUAUUAUUCAAAGUAAUCGAAGUUAUAAUGAAAAGGAUAAAAGUAAACAUGUUCAUAAAUUACUCCCUUUGGAUUUUACUACAAGAUUCGAAAUAUUUAGGGAUGCUCCUGUUUUGAAAGCCAAUGCUUCUUAAAAAAAGUCAACUCCUAAUACUCCUCACUCUAAUAGAGUUGAUAUUGUCAAGCCUGAAGAUGUACAAACUCUAGGUGACAUCUUGCAUAUUCGAUUACAAAGUGAGAAAACAGAAAAAUAUUGGGAUUUCACUGGUGAUUAAGAAAUUUUAAAAACAUUUCGAAAAUAUUUUGGUUAGAAAAUCAACUAGAUGGGAUUUCAUCACAUGUUCAAAGUGUUCAAAAAGAUAGGAAAGGGCAAUUUUGCAAGUGUUUAUUUAGCAGAAAGAAUAGAAGAUGGACAAUAAAUGGCAAUCAAGGCAUUUUCAAAAAGUGCAGUCUAUGCGGAAGAGAAUGGAAAGGUAUUCAAAUAUUAUGAUAAAUUUAAAGGAGGGUUUAAUUAAUGAAAUAACAAUAAUGAGAGAGCUUGAUCAUCCUAAUAUAAUGAAAUUAUAUGAAGUAUAUGAAACUCAGAAUUCUUUAUAUAUGGGAUUAGAAUUAUUAUAAGGAGGAUAAUUAUAUGAGAUAAUGAAGAAGAAAGUAAUCUUAACAAACAAACAAAUCCAAGCAAUUAUGAAAGGACUUUUGGAAGGAUUGGCACAUAUGCAUUCAAAGAAUAUAAUGCAUAGAGAUCUAAAAUUAGAAAACAUUUUAUUCAAAGAAUAGAAGUAUAAUUUUAUUAUUGAUUAAACGAAACUAGCGAUAUCAAUUCAGUGGUGAUAGCCGAUUUUGGUUUAGCUACCUUUGUAAAUCUUCCAGUUUAUCUCUAUUGCAGAUGCGGAACUCCUGGAUUUGUGGCUCCAGAGGUUAUCAAUAUUACUGAUAUGUCAACAACAUACGAUAGUGUUUGUGAUAUUUAUUCUCUUGGAUUAGUUUUCCAUAUCUUGUUAACUGGUAAACCAGGGUUUCCUGGAAGAAGCUAUAAUACAAUAGUCUAAUAAAACAAAGAAGCGAAAAUCAAUUUCAAAAGUCCAGUUUUUGAUGUUGUACCACCACCUGCUUUUGAAUUGCUUAAACAUAUGUUGGAAGCAUCUCCUAAGAAAAGAAUUACAGCUAAUGAGGCAUUGAAAUAUGAAUUCAUUGCAUUAUGCGAGAAAACUAUUAAUGCUUCUUAGGAUGAUGAUGGAAAUAUUGGAGAUAUCGAUGACAAACCAGGUCUUAAUGUUAGAAUCUAAUAAAUCAAUGAAUAGUAUUUAAAUAAUCUACUCUUUUAGAGCAGCCAAAUUUGAUAUGCUUAGAAUUAAUCAACUAACUAAUUCACCUAUUAAAUCUCCUGUUAUGCAAGCGACUAAUAGAAUGAAGGAAGUGCAAAAUAAAGAUUAAUAGAUGAUCAUGAGAACACCAGUUAUUACAGGAAGAACUGUUGCGUGUGAAGGUAAUUAAGUAUUUUUAUAAAAGAAUCUCCAAAUAUGAACUAGUUUGUCUCUCCGAGUGUUCAAUUCAAGAAGUUACAACAAAAGUAAUGUUAUUAAUAUUGUUCUAGUCAAUAAGAAGCACCUACUGGAAAUGUCCUUUUGAAAUAUACUCAAAAGCCAUAAUAGUAAUAACAGACUAAUAAUGAGGACGAAAAAAAGGAUUAAACAAAUAUUGCUAAAUCAGUUAAAGCUGCUUUAAGUAAGCAUGUAUGA